UCAUAUGAAAGUUGAUUUCAACAUAUUUUGAGGUUAUAGACGAGACGAAUCUCGAUCUAAUAUGAACGUAUUUACUCAACUAAUUAACGAAUGAUUAAACGAAAUGAUUUAACCGUUCAAAAAUGAACGCCCUACUGAUAUUAUUUUUGAUAUUUGUCGUUAUUUACUCUUGUGUUUCAUGGCUCCUACCUACGUUACUGGCAUGGCUGUUCAUGAGAAAAUACCAUAUAAAGUUGAAAAUUGGUAGAAUCGCUGUGCCAAAGUUGAUACUCAAAGAUGUAAGCCUAUCCAAAGAUAGGUAUUCGAUACAUAUAGAUGAAAUCUCAUUUCAAAGUAGUUGUUUCAACUCCGAAAUCAAUAAACUCGUAUCAGUUGUAAUCCGAGGAGUGGAAGUGACCAACAAUGUGGAGGAAAAAAAGAAUGUGGUUGUGGAGACAAUCCUCAAACCGUUACUAUCGAAGCAGAACUCCACCGCAAGAUCCGAUGGUUACGAGGAGAUGACAGACUUCAGUAAUCUUGAGAGUAACCUGAAUAGGAUAGCUAAUAAGAAGCUGUUGGAUUUUAGAGACAAGAAACUACCACCAAGCUUGAUUAUGUUUGCUCAGUUCAUGGGUGUACACAUAUUCAGUGCAUCAGCAACUAUUCAUAGUGGAACAGUUGACAACCCUUGGUCUUUAACUCUAACUGCUGCCGAGGUACACGCAGAUGGCGCUGCGGGCGGGCCUGCGCGUGCGCUGGUGUUCUCUACCAAGUUGGUGGAAGCUAAAGCGAAGGUGGUGGGGAAGGGGGAGUGUUUAGGGGAAGCUAUGUGCUGUCUGGUGAUUGAGGGAACUGUUAAGGCUGAUGGUCCUUUAAAUGUAGAGAAAAUCCACGCAUUAAUCAGUAACACGGCAGUGACGUUCAAGGACGAGUUGUACCAGUUCCUUAAAAGCCAGAAGAAGCGCCGGCGCACCCCAGUGUUACAAGUUAACGAUGAAGAUCAUCUCGCCACUCUUAUUCCGAGACUCUCACCUGUUAUACCAAAGAUAUUCAGCUUAAAGAUAGACUCGACCAGAAUAAGUUGCAAGGACAAAACUGUAAAUACUAACUUUGAGAUGUCUUUGCAGAGUUUACAAGUAAACUCCAGAUUCAGUGCAGCAUCAGUUCACUACGACGAGGCUGGCGUGGAGGUGAGCGGCCUGCCGCAGGUGUACGUGGCCUUCCAGAUGGAACAAUACCAGCUCGUCGCUGACGGUCUACCUCUGGCUGUUCUUAACAAGCUGAAACUGGAUGCCAAGCUGGAGAAAGGAGUAUUAAAUCUAUAUUUAAUAAUAAGUACACUGAACGUAAGUUAUUGUCACACAGACGCAUUUAAAUGGUACAAAUCCAUUAAAGACAAAAUAAGGAAAGCACAGCCUUUACAAAUAAUGGAAGUGGAGUCACCUUCCCCCUCCCCCCCAGUGUGGCUAUCCCGAAUAUUCUCAUCGUGCAUAGUCCAAGGGUGCGCGGAGUUACGUGCAGUGUCCGUGCACGCUCGACUGACCAAUCACAACGCACUCGGCUUCGGGUGCAGUGGGGUCAAGGUCAAACUAGAUCAGCUACUGGAGACUAGAGAAGAAUGGUACCGCUGUUCAGUAGCCCGCCAGGCGGUAGGGGGUAACCAAUGGGGGGCGGAGUUACUGGUGGAUGGGGGGUGGAUGGCGUGUGGACCUGCUGCACUGACUAUACGCUCCCCUCCACCGCGGAGACACCAUACUUGGGGAGAGGCGUUACUAGCUGUGGCACUUGUCAAAUGGGCGACACAUGGACCUAAUGACUCUAAGGUAGAAGCAAUGGUAGACUGUCUCCGUCUAGAAUGGAGUCCUAUUAUAGCUCAAACCAUCAUAUCACUAGCAGAUUGCCUAAACGAGUACAAAUCCUCAUCACCAAGAGUACAGGAGAUUGAAGAGGUCCCGGAGACCAGUUCUAAUAUAUCUGUGAACGUGGCCUUGUCUCAUAUCAACCUGUUCCUCAUCGUGAACGAGGAUAUGUGCCUGAUGACCAGGGUGGAUGCUGUGACCUUGGAGAAGAAUGUCAGCAAAUCUGGUGCUGUCAUCUCUGGGUUGAAGGUUGUGGAUAUAGUGCCUUAUAAGGGGAACAUCCAUUGUCAGAGAUCAGACGAGAUACCAGCAACAUUUUUCCACGUGAAACUAGCGAGGAUAGAGUAUCUCUCGAAAGAGAAGUACUCCUCACUCCUAGAUGUCCAGUUCAUAGAGAACGUGGACUUGGAGUGGAGUGCCAACUUACACCUGAAGGUCUUGACAUUCGUUAGAGCCGUGAAGGAGUUCCAAAAGGAGUUGAGAGUGAGAAGGAGUCAGGUUGUGAAGAAGAAAGGGAGUGCGCUUGAUUGGAGGGUCGCGUUUAAGGGGGAGACGAAUUUGGGACUGAUUCUGUCUAAGGAAAAUAAUAUGCUGUUUGCUACAGAUGACAUGACAAUAGCCUACGACCACGAGAUAGGCCUGUCUAUCAUAUGGAGCAAGCUGAACAUGAUCCUCAACGGAGACGAGGUCAUCAUGGUGGAAGGAUACUCCCAGGAGCGAGUCGCUGAUGACCUUGAGGUCAGGGUCGAGAGGAAGGCCAAUGAAGGGUUCGCGCUUACUUGGAAUAAGGUUUGGUUAGUAACGGUAGACUCAGUCCGCGUGGUGUUCCCGUACAAGCAUCGGUUCGCGGAGGCCGUGCAGGGGGACUUCGUGUCUCUCUUCAAGUGGAUCAAGCUGGUGCACGGCAUCAAGAAGAAACCCUUCACUGUUGACAGUCCACUGCCUAGUGAUCUGCAUAUUAAGAUUGAAGAGCUUCUGAUAGAGAUGAGCGACGAUCCGUUUGAAGUGAAGCUGCGGGACAACUACGAGCUGCUGGAGGACGAGUACAAGGAGAGUCAGAAACGACGCACCAUGCUUGAUGCUAAGGUACAGGAACUAUGCAAGCCCCACCUCUUCCUACCAGCGGGUAAGGUAGAGGAGUUAUACGCAGCACUACGUCAGAAAGACGCUCAGAUCUACGUGCAGCGGUGUCGCGCCGCGCCCCCGCCCCGCACGCGGCUGGUGGCCUGCUGUCUGUCGCGGUUCUCCCUGGUGGCUCUAGCAGACCCCACCAUACAUGGCACGCAGAAUGCGCAGGCUAGGCUCCGGGAGAUUGAUCAUGAUAGUCCAUGGCCAGAAGACGGUAUCGAGUUCACAACGCUCUGGUGUCGCAGUAUCAACAUGAGUUGCUCUCAGUGGCAGCUGUUACUGAGGGACUUCCCUCAGCCGCUGCUGAGUAUGAGCGAGCUGAAGAUGUGGGGCACCCUACUAGCUGCGGAAGAACAGGCUCCACCGCGAGCGGUCCGCACAGUGACGAUAGACCAGGGCGCUCCAUGGGGCGAGCAGGAGUUGGAGCGCAGCAUGAUGCCUCUCAAGUGGUACUACGACCUCUGCUGCGAGAUGGCGGAGUACAGCUACGCGUUCGGACCCUGCUGGGAACCUGUUAUAGCUCACUGCAAUCUGUCCUUCGACCAAGUAUCUCGUCCAUCCCUGGAUCCGUCAGCGCCCCUGUCCUGGUGGGACAAAGUGCGUCUGCUGAUGCACGGCCGGCUGACUGUGAACUGUGCCAAGUUCACGUGUCUGCUACACGUGUCGCUCGAUCCUUACAAUACCACGGAGGAAAUGGAGGUCACCUGGACUGAUUUGGUGCUGGAUUGGACUAAUGGUAGACUGGGUUUCCUGGGCACGCUGGACGUGUACGUGCGCACGGCGAGCAAGUACGACGACUGCCGCGUGCUGCGCGUGCCGGCGCUGCGCCUGUCCGUCAAGCUGGGCUGGCAGUGCGUCGCAGACCCCAGGGACCACCACGCUGUGGCGCCCUGUGCUCCUACCAGGCUGCCCGAGUAUUCUAGCAACCAGGAACACGACUCGUACCGAGCGUUCAGGUCCCAGGGGUUGGAUCUCCACCUCAGCAUGGAGACGAAGCCGGUGGACAAAGAGGGAAAUGGCCCAGUAUUACUGCUGUAUGGAAGUACACUCAGGUGGUUCGAGAGUCUAAAACUGAUUCUAUCAGGCAUCACCCGCCCGACUCGUCGCGGACGUAUAUUCAAGAACGUGCGCCCGCGCAAGCCGCAACUGUCGCGUCAUUACAGAAAUGUCAGCGUGUCUGUUACGUUACAUAAUUUACAGGUGUUCUACUGGUCAUCAUCAUCACUGCAGCGUGGUAUAGAGAUGUUAGGAGUGCGAGUGACGUGUGGCUCCAAGCACCGCCUGUCCCUGGUGGCCACCAAUGAUGGACUGGUCCGAAGGCCCCGCGCCAACUGGACUACAGUGUACAUGAACUGUGACCUGAACGACGCUGAGAUCUGGUUGAAGACCCUGGCUGCUGAUGAAAAGGAUGGUGAAGAGUACUCCGGGCUGACCCCCCGCGUGCUAGAGAAGUGCUACUGCCUGUCGGUGCGGCGCGUGUCGUACGGCCGCGAGGCCGGCGCCUGCGCAGGCGCGCCGCCCACGCACCGCCUCGCCGUGCACGACCUCCGGGGGGCCUGGACCAAGCUCAACAGGGACCUGGCCUUCGCGCUCAUUGAUACUUAUAUCAAGACUCAGCAAUUAAAGAAGAAUCUAUCGACCAAGGCUUUGAAGGAAGAAGAGCAACCGAACACGUCUCCCAAACACCAGCGAGAAGCUGACGUCAUCUCCCCACCACCGCCUGUUAAUACACAAUCCAGCGGCGUGGCGUCGGGCUGCGGCGGCGGCAUGCUGGCGGCGCUGGUGGCGGAGGCCGGGGGCGCCGCGCCCGUGGUCUUCAGCGACGAGCUCAGCGGGGCCGAGGCCGACGCGCCGCCGCCCAUCGCCACGCAUCUCCGGCACGAACUCGAUGACGACAACGCGCAUACUGCUUGUCUUAUCGAGCUGGUGAACUCGCAGGUGGUGCUGAAGGGGUGCGAGACCCGCGGGUACGUGAUCCUGUGCGCGGCGCGGGCCGAGGUCCGCCAGCGCGUGCGCCGCCAGCCCGCCGCCGCCGCCUGGAGCGGCGCGCUCUCCGCCAUGCAGUACUACGCCACCGUCUCCGCCGCCGACAAGGACCAGCUACUGGAGAACAUCCAGUGGGUGUCGGUGGAGGAGAUCGAGGAGCGCUGGCAGAGCGCGGAGAUCAGCACGCUGCCCGACGUACCGAGACUCGUCGGCAGCGGACACUCCGCCGGCGGCGUCAUCGGACGCACCGUCGGACCCAGCGCCGACACCGGGCUCGCACAGCUCCAACGCAUAGUAUCGCGUUGCGCGUGCGAGUUCUACUACGUGUCGCACGAGGAGGCGGAGUCGGUGUCGGGGCAGGGCGCGGGCUGGGCGCAGCAACAGCCCUACGACUCCUUCACGCUCAUGCACCACGACCUCAACGUCUGCACCAACUCACUGCAGUACGCGAUGUUACUGGACGUGGUAAACAACGUAGUACUGCACGUGGAGCCGGAGCGGCGGCGCACGCUGGAGCGGCGCGCGCGCAUGCGGUUCCAGCUGCAGCUGCAUCAGGACCAGGACCCAAGGCAGCUCAUACACAAACUGCAGACACAGGUGAGGGAGUCGUUAGCAAGACUUCGAAGGUUGGAGAAGGAAUACUAUCUGAAGAACAGGUCGAUGACUGGGAAUGACCCCGCUGCCAUGGACGAGCUGAAGAGUUUGGAUGAUCAGGUGAACGAGUGCAAGGAGCUAGUGUGGUCCCUGGGCGAGGAGCUGGACGCGAUGGUCCGCGCGUGGCGCGAGGCGGGGCGCGUGGCGGCGCCCGCCGUGCGCGCUGCGCAUGCGCCGCCGCACCGCUACAACGAGAUCUGCUUCAAGUCCGCGCGCUGGAGGCUCACGGACGCUGACGGACAGCUCGGCAUCGCUGAUUUACUGCUUACUAACUUCUUGUACACAAAGACGUCUAGGUCGGAUGACUCAGUGGAGCACCAGCUGGAGGUCGGCUACGUGCGAGUCAAGAACCUGCUACCCAACGAGCCCUUCCCAGAAGUACUAGUCCCACAAGAGCCGUCAGGCCGCGCGCCACUAGCUCGGCGCGCGGCGCUGCGUGUGUUCUGCCGGGACCGGCCGCCCGUCGGGGGCAUUGCAGUCAAGGAACAUUUCGAAGUCAACAUCGUUCCUAUUAAGAUUGGUCUAACAAAAAAAUUCUUCAACACGAUGCUAAAGUUCUGCUUCCCUGAGCGAGACCCUGACUCCAUAGAGGACGGUGAGGAGGAAACAGAAGGGACCCUCAAAGCCGGAGCCUCUUCUUCCAGCCUUGUCUCUACUGGCUCUAAGAAGAUCAAGAAGAAGAGCAAAGAUUCCAACUCUAACUUCUAUGUGAAGAGAGAUAAGAAAGACAAAGAUGAUGUCGAGAAGAUGAAGGAGCGAGCAGAAAAGAACAAACUGUUCAUCUACAUAAAGAUCCCGGAGGUACCAGUGAGGGUGUCCUACAAGGGGAGCAAGGAGAAGAACCUCGAAGAUGUGAGGGACCUACCUCUGGUCCUCCCUACCCUGGAGUACCAUAAUGUGACGUGGACCUGGCUGGACUUGCUUCUAGCUACUAAGAGUGAUACUAGACGGGUGAUAUUAUCGCAAGCUAUAAGACAGAAGCUGCAGCUGCACAGACGAGCUGCUGCGGCACCGGAGCCGCAUGAGGAGGAUAAAGCCAGGUUACUGCUGGGAGAGAGGACGGUGGCGGAAAAUAAGCCGCAGAAGAAGAGUACUCCGAGCGUGUUCAAAUUCUCAAAAUCAUAGCGUAAGUGAAGGCUAUAGUUUAUAGCGGCAUUUAUGUACGAACCAAACCUAUUGACUGUCGCUUGAAUACUUAAACGCAACUAGGCAAUGAUUACCAUCGUUUUCUAAGUAUGAACACUGUAUUUUGUCUUUGUAAGGGAUAGUUAGAGAUAUGAAUUCGUUAAGGACUUUAUCAACCGAAGGAUAGGACCAAAAAUUUGACAUUUUUGUAAUUCAGAGUAAAGAAAAUGCAUCUUUACUGUUGUUACUUCAAUCGGCCGAUCUGGAAGUUAUUAGGGAGGUCUACGUUCAGUACCCUUAGUAUGAGUUAACUUUACGUUUAAAGUAAUCGAAACGAGAGCGCAAGCUCUUUGUCAAGUGAGUCAUUGUGGCUGAUGGUGAGUAGAAAACGAAUAUGAGAUAUUGCCAACUGUAUUAAACUAUAGUUGCGUUUAGGUGUUCAAGCGAAUAUUUUAAGACAUUCUAUACGGUUUUAUGAGGCUAAUAUUCUUAUAAAUGUAUACGCUAUUUUACAGUGUAAUGUUUGUAUGUUUGUGUCAAUUUUAUCGAUGUAUCGUGAACAAAAUAUUCUAACUUUUUAACUGUUUUAAAUGUGGUUUUAAAGGAUGAUCUGAUUUUGGAAAAUAUAUCAGUAUUGGAUUGGGAUGAAAUUAAAAUAAUGAUAUUAGAUUUGCGCAUCAUAGUUUUGUAUGCGCAAUGGACAUGUAAGAUUUUGGCGCUUAUUUGCACUAUAAACUAUGUUUUAGCUUCGUUGUUACCUGCACUGGCGCGCAAAUUUUGCGCAGUCGUUGUAUCAACACUGUAGUAUCACUUGAAAUGAAGUUAAUUAGUCUGCGCAAAAUAAGUAUUAACUGAAAGAUCAUAAAGUAAAUUAUUUCCCAUAUAAAAGAUUGCUUAGUGAUUUAGCUUCCCCCUCUAACCCAAAGGAGUGAGAGAGAAAGAAAACAUUGCCAAAAGUAAGACUGUUGUGAUCUUUAUACAUGUUUGUAUGAUCUGCUAAUGUAUUAUUAAUCGAAAUUCUCACACAAUAUGGUUUAAUUUCGUUUACCUCAGAUUUUAAAACUCACUCUGUAAUGAAUUCCGUGUUUUCCGAAUUUGAAUUGUUAUUCCGUGGUUAAAAUGUAGGUAGGUUUUUCAAUUUUGAAGAAGAAAGUAGAGUCUGAAUUAGGAACAUAAAUGAACUAAUAGCGAGUUUGCUAUAAAUACACCAUGUAACCUCAGCUUAAUCUUAUUGGAACAAAAACAGUGAUAUUAAUAUCAUGUUAUGUCUAUGUUUAAAUAUUUAUAGUUUAAAGACUAUAUGAGUCUUACACAUUUGAGCUUUGUGGGUCGACUCUCGUUAAUUUAAAUUUUCGAUAAUUCGAACCUCUCUGUGACUCGAAGUUAUUAAGAGGUAUCUAGAAUAUCUUUUUAUAAUUCGAAAUAAAUCAAUACCUUUACAUACACUUGGUACCUAAUACGAACGAAUAAAUAAUUAUAUGUAACCAAAUGACUCGUUCAUUCUAAUUUAUCGGCAUGUAACUCUCGACAAUUUGAAGUUGCAGAGAGAAAGGAACAGAACGAUCUCAGAACUUACAGAAAGAAGCCUUUACCGGUAUUUUGAAGCAAAUUUAAAUUUCCUGCAAUUUUAUAUGUCUAAAUAUGUAUUUGCAGAGUCCUUCCAGUUUCGAAUUAACGAGAGUCGACUCUAUUAUUAUUGUUUUAGUUUAAGAAAAAGUGAGCACCGUAUAUACUUAUGUAUUAUAUGCUUUCAUUUAUUAUAUCCCGAGCUGUUUACAAGAUGGGUAGGCAAAACUGUAGAUUCUGAUCGCCGGUCAUUCACAUAUUAC